CGUGCCCGCGCCCCGCCCCGCUGAGCGCCGUCCCGGGAGGCAGCGGCGUCCGGGGGUUUGCGGCGGCGGCUGUCGGGGCGCUCCCCGCCGCCCUCGGUCGCUCGGCCGUGGCGUAGGGGCGGCGCCAUGGGGGUGCACGGCGUCAAAGCGGUGUUCUUCGACUUGGACAACACGCUGGUGGACACGGCGGCGGCCGGGCGGCGCGCCAUCGAGGAGGUGAUCAACGCCCUGCAGUCCAAGCAUCACUACGGCGAAGGGGAGGCCCGCGUCAUUUGCGAUAAGGUCCAGGCGAAGCUGCUGAAGGAGUGCCACGACCCCGCCAAGAUGUGCAUCACCGACCUACGGAUUUCCCAUUGGGAGGAGGCGAUCCAGGAGACCAUCGGCGGGGAGGCGAACCGCAACCUGGCCGCCGAGUGCUACUUCUUGUGGAAAACCACCCGGCUGCAGCACCUCACGCUGGCCGAGGACACGCGGGGGAUGCUGACCGAGCUGCGCAAGGGCGUGCGCCUGCUGCUCCUCACCAACGGGGACAAGCAGACGCAGAGGGAGAAGAUCGAAGCCUGCGCCUGUCAGCCCUACUUCGAUGCCAUCGUCGUGGGGGGAGAGCAGAAGGAGGAGAAGCCGGCUCCAUCCAUCUUUCACUACUGCUGCGACCUGCUGGGGGUGCAGCCCGCGGAGUGCGUGAUGGUCGGUGACUCUCUAGAUACAGAUAUCCAAGGAGGCCUGAAUGCUGGCUUGAAAGCAACUGUCUGGUUAAACAAAGCGAUGACAACCCCGGUAGAUACCUCCCCGGUGCCUCACUAUAUUAUUUCUUCUGUUCUGGAUCUUCCGGCGGUUUUGCAGAAGAUGGAGCACAAAAUUAAUGCGAAGUUAGGAACUGACCAUAUGGCUAGUAAUAAUGAAGAACAUUGAUGGUUCCACCAUACGAUCAGAGACGUGCUGAGCUGUUAGGUGACUCCAGCUCUUUUAAAAAAGUUGAGCCUAGGAUAUUGAACUCACGUAUGGUAUGCUUUCUUAAACGGCAGAGGGGUGAAUAAAAGCAUAGUUGUCAACAAAAACAGGGUAAUUAGAUUAAUUUAGAGGAUGCAAGUGCAGUUAAUUUAAAGCAACUGCCUCUGUCUGGAAAUCAUUUUGACAGGCUGUGGCUAAAGUCUAUCUGUCUCUGACUUAAGUUGCUAGUCUCUUGUUUUUACAGCAGAAAAGAAAAUUUGAAUGUUUUGAUCUUUGGCAUUUGGCUUUGCUGACUUUUAAGUUUAACAGAAAAUUCAGUUCAAACCUUGUUUGCAGUGUGUAAGAGAAGUUGAGAAAGAGUGUGGUACAAUCUAGUAAAUCUCUACAGUUAAUCUGCAGUUUAUCUCAGGAACUGGAGUGAAUUUUGCUGUUCCUAAAACCAGAAUUUAUUGGCAGAGUCUAUUAUGCAGCAAACCAUUAGAAAAUGCUCUAGCUUUGAAUUUGUUUCAGGUUUUAGAAUCUUUUUUUCUGACUUUGCAGUGACUUUUUUUGUAUGGAAUCUCUGAGUUUUGCAAAAGUAUAUGUACAUUAAAAUUUACAUUUGUGUAGGGGACCAUUUAUCAGAGGGACUUGUGGAUGACUUCCUUCUUUAUCUUGGUGCUUAUGCAGAUAUGCAGGAUAUUUUCAAUGGUCUUCUUACUGUACUGUCGAACUCUUUAAAAGCUAAUUUUAUUGUUCUGUCUGAUUUUAUUAGUGAAUUUUGAUCAGCCUUUGGGAGAGACUGGUCUUGGUCUUGCUCACGUGUAUGAAUACCCAGAUUCAACUCCAGGAUCAGUGGUUUUUUUGACUGUUUUAAUGGCGCUGCUAUACAAUCGCUCCUUACUCUGGUUUCUACAUGUAUUUUGUGUAUUUACUCUGGAGAAAAUAUGAGCUUGCUGUUGGUAAAUGGCUUUCAUGACUCUCUUCCAGGAAAUUGGAAAAUUAUGUCAUAUGUACUAUAGUACUGUGUACAACUUUAUAAUGCGUAUGUGCUAUUUCCACUAGAUGCAGGAGAUGACUCUCUAAAACACUAAGGAUUUCUCUUUCCCAGAGUAUUAUGUUAGUAAUUUAAUGGGAAAAUAUUCACUUAUUAAAUGGAAAUAUAAACACUUAUUGGAACACCCACAUUUUUCAAAACCUAUUUCCUAUAUAUGCAUUGGACUGAAUAUCUGACCUUAUUUGAGCUUUCAAAUAUUAUAUUUCAGAAUAAAUCCAUGACAAAUCUUCUGAGAACAGGAAUAUUGAGGUGCUGGCAGAAGAUCAGCUGGCAUAUGGGCAGCAAUAAAAGAUCAGCAAAAAGUACAGAAACCUACCAGGAAAAUGGGUAUGUAGAAAGAAUCUUAUCUACAAGAUAAGUUCCUUCAUUUAACUUGACAUGAAUUUUAGUUAGUCUUGCAUAGAAUGACAGGUUCAGUUUAGAGGAGGCUGUUACUGGUCUAGGUGAAAUUCUUUGGCAAAGAGAUUAGAUUGCAUCAAAACAUGUUGCUUCUGCAUUGGUGGAGGAGGAAAUACUAAAAUUCGAACCUCUCUCAUCUAGUUGUCCCUUAAAAAAGGGUGAAGUGGGUACAGGUUAUUUGCACUGUCUGGCAAAGGUCUUUGAGACAUUAGGAUAAGUGAAGAGAACAGAGGCAGAGCCUACCUGUACCUUUCAGGAAAUGAGCGUAUGCCAAGAGCAAUCCAGUGACAGUGGUGUGCCAGGUUGCCACGUGUCACAUGAGCCAGUGGAACUGACUUGACACACCUUUGUUACUGAAGCAAGAGGCCUAAGUUAAGAUUUUAUUUUGCAUUUGGACAAGCAUGAAAAAGAGUCGCUGUGGGUUAGUUGCGAAUAAUGUUCGCUAUAACCAAGCACUGAGAGAAUAAAGGUCAUGGAGACUACAAGGAAUAUUGUAUAGAAGUAGAAAGGUAUGCAAAAGGUUAGAUGGACCCUUGAAAAGGUAAUGGAUUUGAAGUAAUCUCUCUUAACCAUUCUGUCUGGUGCAAAAGCAAUAACUUUGCUUACAACAGCAGUCCAAAGGAGCUACAAGUGUAACUUUGCAUUGUUUGCACAGCAUCCAGGUAAUAGAACUUGGUUCAGAAUGAGCUUUAUGAUAGAGGUGAGGUUUAAAAUAAGAAAGAGUAAUAAUUCACAAUUCUAUCUGUAGUCUUGAAGGGUUUAUAUAUACCAGGUUACCUUUAUUUUUUUUUAAUAUAAGUUAAUGCUCAUAUUCUCUUGCCACUGCAUCAUUCUGAAGUGGGAUGCUGAGCCUGCUUAUUGUAUAAAGAGUCUCUUGUUUUAGAAGGGACUCCUAAUUGUUUUGCAUGUGGCCAGUCAUUUUCUUAAAUCUAUGAAUCUAUGAAAAGAACACUGUAACUGAACACUCAGGUGAUGGUGUGGCCUGUAGAGGCUACACCCAAGUAUAUUUUUUCCAUUGCUGAGUUCUGUACCAGGCUGGAUGUGACUACCAGUGUCCAGAGAGAGCAUUAGUGUUACGAUGCUUCUAUAAAACAAGAAGACACAACAGAAGGGAUUUCUCUAUCCAGGAGUCUUAGAAGCAGUUACCUAAUAAGCUGUAUUACGUAUCUAGAGUGUCUCUAAAUAUUCAAGAUGUUUUUCAUGGAUGGAUCUCACAGAAAACCUAAUGAAAAAUAACUAUAUUUAAAGAAGUGGAAAAAUGAAUGUGGUGGUGGGAUAAUUUUCACAUCAGAAGCAGGAACAGAUCAACAAAACAGUCUACAUUUAGUUCCAGUUAAGUUCUGGUUUUGCUUAGUGUAAUGCUCUAAUAGCUAAGUUGUCUAGUUUAAAUUAUAUUGCCAAAACACACUAAGUAAGAAGAGAAAAAGUAAUUCCACCUAUAUUUUUAAAAAAUAUUUUUUUCCAGAUAAACAUUACCUCUUGACAUUACUCUACACUUUUACUUCAGUAAAAUGAACUGAAACAAUAGUUUAUUAUGAACUGUAUUUUAGUUCUUGAUUUAAAAUAACCCAUGUACUAGUCUAAUAAAAGUAUUUUGUUUAUAAAACCUUUCUUUUAACUCUCUGUAUUACUGUGGAUAACUAUGUUUGUGACCAGGUUUAUGACAAGGGUGAAGGGUUGUGUUUGUGUUUUAAAAUAGCACAAAAUUAGCCUUCAAAAUCUGUGACCUCACAUUUGAGUGUGGUGACUGAAUGUUGUUUCCAUUAUUUUAAGCACAGGCUGAGAUGUAGUUCUGUAUUUAUGAAGCUUCUUGGCUGGACUCUGUGUAUUGAAUUCGUAGCUGCACUUCAUUCCUAGAUGGACUGACUUGCCAAGCUGAGUGCCAGCUCAGAAAUGCCUACAACAUCCUGUGCACUGGCUGACUUGAACCAAUCCUAUUUACCUUCUCCUCUGAAGCAUCUGUUACUUGACAGCACCAGUGGCAGGGGUUUGAAGUACAUUGAGGCAGUCUGAUCCAUCAGAGCAGUUUCUCCUGUUCACAGAUGUCAUGAUUCUUUUUUCGACUUCAGCUAUAAAAUGUGGGGAUUUUUACUUCCAGCCUAUCUUAUCUUGAGGCCUUUAAAUUAAAUUACCUUAAUUCUAUACUAACAAAAAUAAUUAUCUAGAAAUCAUCUGAACAGGUUGAGAAGUGCAACAAAUAGCAACACAAUGUAUCUCUGCUGUAUGUAGCAGUAUACUGUUCUUUUGUGCACAGCUUUUACUAUCAGCCUUGCAGUGGGAUUGUCUCCAUUAUAACUCGCUUUCUAGAUCACACUGUGCACAUACAAGAGACAUAACAAUGCAGAGAUGAUGUCAGCUGUGUCUAAAGCAAAACCUGCAACUUUGUGCCUAUGUUGCAAGGGACCUAGGCAGAGAGAAUCACAUCGCCUGCUCCGUAUAGCAUAUUUUGACCUUUCAUUCCAUCUAUUAAAAACAAAGUUGUGUGAGAGCCUUAUCCUGAGCAGUCCUCAAAUGUCAGAAAGAAGAUUCAUAUUUAAAAAUAUGAAAUGAAAUUAUGGUGCUAAUACAUGAAAUUUCAGUCCUUUAGAUGUGCGAGCCACGUUUGUCAAGUCUACACCUAACCAAAGAUGAGAUGAUAACUUCACACAGAGUCUAAUUUAACAUAGGAAGAUGUUGCCACUUACGUCAGUGGAAUUGCACAAGUUUAAGUAAGAUUUGUACACUCAUUUCUAUAAGAUCAUCUGCAAGUGACUUCUGUCUCCCACUUCUCCUCCCUUGGCUAAUUGAUCUCUAUAAUCUAUUUUGUUGGUUGCAUUUCCAUAUCAUUCUGAAUCACAACAGUAUCUGGCAUUUGGGUCAAAGUUUGCGGAAGAUUGCAUUAAAACAGUGAUGGAAGAGAGACAGUUUUUGUAGGAAGAUCAUGUUAAGUACAUAGGUUUAGUACCUGAUCCUUGGCAGCUGUGUCCUGCCAGCAUGUGUUGGGGCUGUGUUUGUUUUAAAUGGCCUUUCCUCCAAGGAAACUUUCAUUCAUAUCUCAGAGACCGGGCAAAUUUGUAAAAAACAAAACCAAAACAAAAAAUAUAAUGUAAAAAUGCAGGGGAGAGGGAAGCCUCCAAACAAAACUCUCUAUUAGUCACCUAUAGAUAUCAAAGUUUAUAGGGCAAGUUUAAAAUACUAAGUCUGAGAUACUUUCUCUGGGUUUCCAAAUAAAUGUUGAUGAUUAGUUGACUUGAGAAGUGAAUGUUGUGAAGAAAACAAAACACUGCAGUUCAGCAGUUUCCCAGUGUCUAUUCAGUCCAUUCAUUAUGGGCUCUAUAUGUUUGAUUUUUCUGUCAAAUAUGUUCAAGAACAACUCUGUCACACUGAGAAAAUCCAACUUAUGGGUUUCUUAAAUAAUGUAUUACUAGGUAGCAUGGAGGAAACUAUGUAAGUGUCUUCAACUACAUUUUAAUAUACAUUUUAUUUAAUGUAUUUAAUGUAUUUAUGCACAUAUUUGUCGAGGUUUUUUUUUGUAUUUUGCCCUGAAAAUGUUUAUCUUGCUACAUCGUCAGUAUUGCAAAAAUGCAGUAAAGUACAGGGCCAAUAAGAUCUGUGCAGGUGCCUGGGUAUAUAUGGCUGUGGUCAUCUAACAGCUAUGCUUUGAUUAAGGUUUUAGGAUUUUUUUGUUACUUCUCUGUGAUUCAUUUAGAAUAGGUAUGGCUCAGUUUCCCAGGAAACAAAGGUGAGAAAAUGGAGGGGAACGCUUUUAAAUUUAUCUUGCUUACCAGUCAAAAUCCAGCCUGGUGGGCAUCAGGUAAGCACAUAUUUAUUUGCUUGUGUUGUUGCUGAGUCUGCUCAAUGCUACUGCAUUCAGGCAGAUGUGGGAAGACCAUUUUCCAGAGCCCAUGGCCAGAAUGACAGAAAGGUCAAACUGGAAACGAAAUCAUUACAUUUCAAAGUAAAUCAACUACUCAAAUAUGUAUUGUCAUACAUAUGUAGUCCUUCUGCUAUGUGAGUAUUAACAAUCUCAGUAAGUUCUUCUAUACUUUUUGUGCACUGGGCCAACAAGUAUCCUCAAAGUUACCGUGCCCUUUCCAUCCGAGCACUAAUGUGUUGUAGGUCUGGCUGUUUGUUAAAGUCGGGCUUAGGCAUUUUCAUUUGUGCUACUGGUGGUAAUGACAGGGCCUGUUAAAUCUCACUGGGGAUAGGAUUUAUCAGGAAGUCUGCAGUGGAUGAACUGACAGC